CUUCCAAGCUCCUUGCUUGUUUGUUUGUUGUUGUUGUUGGGUUUUUAAAAUUUUAAAAAAUCUUCAUCUUGUGCAAACAUUUUGUGUGAAUCCGCUACUUGGCUUGAAGCAGCUUCCUUAAUUUGGCCAAAUUUCCAUCAUUUGGGGGUAGCCGAAAACCAAGUAUUUUUUUUGUUUAGAAACUCAAGACAAUCUGGAAACUGAAAGGGUUUUGCAAUCUAAAUGUGUGACAACAGGUGGACAGGAUAAACAGAUGGAGGUAGAAAGCUGUGGAAGGGGGGGGGGACGCGUAACAAGACAACAGGGGGAAUGUUAUUAGCAUAAGAAGUUCUAUGGUCCCUGCACACCAGCUGCUAUGCCAUUGUAGGAGGCUGGGCUGGAGGGUGUUUUAAAGAGCCAUUUGAAGGGGAAUAUAAUGGCUUCGCUUGUGUUACGCACACAAAGACGGUGCCUUCAAACCGGAAGAGCUCAUGCAGUUUAAAGGCUUCGGCGUAUGACUGCAGACUCAGUUGGUGUGCUUUCCUUUAAUGACAUCCCUUCCACCAGUUUUAUUUUUUUUCCACCAAAGCAGGUUCUAACAGCAGCACUGAAAAGAGGGGACAGGUAGAGUGAAGGAUUUCCAAAUAAAGGGAUCACACCAUUGCUUAAUUAACAAAGACUGGUCUUAUGUGGAUUAUGAGACUUUUCUUUUAUGGCCUGGUCACUCUGCGGGAGGCUCAGAUUCAAAAUAAAUUUGAACUGUAACCCCCUCUUUCUUGUUUUUAGAGGCAUCAGGGUCAGAGAGAGAAGGAAAUUGUAGUAAAGUCUUUGACAGCAGGGAUUAUGUGAAUAUUUAUAAGUUAAAAUGAUGUUUUUUCCUGCUAAACAAGCACUCUCUUAGGAUUACCUAGGAGUGCUGAGCACCCUGUGGUCCUUGGUGAGGUCUUGCUCUAUGACAGAAGGAUGUUAAGACAUAGUAGAGUUUUCUUAAACAUCUUGGAAAGGACUUUAUAAAUAUGUUAAGAACUAGUCCGCUGUCUCUUAAGGGAAGGGGGUAUCUUUUAUCCAUGAAUAUCAAUUUGGAAUAUGGAAGCAUGGGUAAGAGAUGCAGCAGAGAAGAAUGGUUGUCCUAUACCUAUGGGUUGAGAAUACUCAAAAACAGAAUGUAUGGAUUCUUCACUUGGAAAGGUCUGUCUUGUUCCGAGGGAUGGAAAGUACAUUGAUCAUGUUCCUUACCAGAUUGAAAAAAUGGUUUCUUGACUAGCAACCUUGAAAAGAAAAGAAAAGGAGACAGGAUGGUAAUAACCACAAUAAUAAUAGCAUCAACAGCAUUUAUUUAUAAUUUAUAAUUUAUUAUUUAUUUUCUAACAAUGGGCAGAAUAUCAAAUAUAUAAUGAAACAUAAUACUGUACUCUAAAUAUAGUGAGCUCUUGAUAUCUGCUGGGGUUUGGCUCCUCUGUCCUUGAAGAUACCAAAAUCCAUGCAUGCUUAUGAAUGGUGUCCCCUAUAUAAAAUGGCAAAAUCAAGAUUUCAGUUUUGGAUUUUUUUAAAAAAAAAUACAGAAUGACUGUAUAUUCAUGACAUCAGUACCUACAGUUUCAUUUAUCCAUCUUUGACAACAUAUGUCCUACCAAGGCAUUUUCUAGGCCCUCCAAUAUGACUCUAUUGUAUUUAAUGGAAGUCCUUUAUUUCAAAAGGAUUCACUAUUAUUGGCAAUUUAGUGUAUCCAUGUGAAGGUCGUGAUUGUAUUCCCAUGGAUAUGGAGUCAUAUUAUAUUUUCAAACCAUGGAUUGUGUCAUCUGCAGAUGUAGAAUCAGUAGAUACAGAGGGUCAACUGUAUACAUAACAUCUCCAAUAACCACUAUGCAUUUCAGCAACCUCAGACACAACUCAGCAAUUUAAUCAGGUGACUCAAAGAAGAAGGUCUUCCACCCUUAACACACUGGGAGAGAUCCUCCUCCGGCUGGAGAUCUAAAGGCAGACUGUUCCAUAGAUAUGGAGCCACAUCUUGGAAGGCCCACAGCUUUGACAGAGUUGUUUGCAUUGAUGGAACAGACAGUAAUCUUUCUCCUGUGGAUCUUAAAGUGUUGGAUGGUACAUAGUGUACUAGUCAAGCUGCCAAGUAUUGAGAGAGAUUAGAAAGCAGAUUAGAAAAAGUGAGGAUCAGAUCAGCAUCACAGACUGCGAUGCCUGUUUCAGUUGGCACCUUUAUACUGCACCCCAGCAGGGAUUCUUUGCUUUUAACCAUUGCCUGACAGAUAGCAAUCUGUCAGGUGUGACCUUUGUGGAUUCAGCUGCACCUGAGGCAAUUUGUUAACAAAAAAGCAAGAGGGCAAGUGUAGGGAUAGUUUGAGACUGGAUUUUUAACCAAAGCUAGUUGAAUAAAUCUGGUCUUUCUUUCUGUAUAGCAUUGGCAUAUAGGUGAAUGGGUGUUCAGUCUGUUUCAAAGGUGGAUUGCUGCUUUUGGACACUUCCAGGAGGGGAAAUCAAACCAUCUGAUGGAUCAAGAAAAGGUUGGAGGCAGGGAAAGGGCAAACCACAAAGACAAUAUUAGGGGACAAAUGCAGCCCCAGAAGCAUACUGUGUCCACACCUGAUGUUUGACAUGUUGCAGAUAGCCUGCAAUUAUGUAUUUUAUUUUGAUAUUUUAAGCAGUAGAUGGAUGAUCACCUAUCUGAUAUUGUACAAUAGUUCAUUUUCUGCAUUGAUGGAAAUGGGUCACAAUAGCAGAUGAUUGACCAUUCAUCCUGUGUUUCAAAAUGACUAGAUAAAAUAGCUGACUGUCUACUUUGAGGUCUUUUGCAAUAUUGAAACUCUGUUGGAGACCAGGCUGAGAGCCAAUCAGAAUUUCAGAGCAAUUGGAGAAUGAAGGUCUGGAAUAUGCCACGUUUCUCUACCGAUUUCUUGGAGAUUUUGCCACUGUGUACCAAAAAGGCCAAAAUAUCCUAAAGCCACCAGAUCCAGUUUGAUCUUGGAAACUCUGCUGUAGUUAAUACUUGGAUAGGAGAUGACAAACAUAUACCAUGUACUGUGAGCUAGACUUCAACUCGCGGAAUCCUCCAGCCAGGUUGGGGAUUUGGGAACUUUCAGCCCAUAGAUAGAUUGUCUCUACAUAUGUGAGUUCUGCCCUGUGAUUUUUGUCUAUAUGUGUGUGCUUGUAGAAUUUGUACCUUGUCAUUUGCUCAAAAAAUGGCAUAUGGAGCUGUAGGUCUAAAUAUGCUAAAGGCACCAGAUCCUGUCUGAUCUUGGAUAUUAAGGAGAGUCAGCCAUUAUUAGUACUGGGGUGGGAAACCAUCAGCAAAUACCAUGUGCUAUUGGCUGUAUUUCAGAGGAAGGAGUGGCAAAACUACCAAUGCGUUUUUCUCACCUUGGAAAACCUUUUGAAAUUCAUGGGUUCAUCAUACGUUAGCAGAUGACUUGAAGGCACAUACAAACAUACACACAUAAGCAGGAGGCACCUUCUUGAUUGCCAACCACUUUAAAUGUUUUUCCUUGGCAAGGCAUAAAGAAACCAAUCUCUACCCUCCUAUUGCUCUUCCAUGUGAGUGUAGUUUGCUCUAAUUGCUCUAAUUGCCCCAGAGGUGUUAUGUGAUCAUUACAAAGCAGGGAGAAGAUGCAAUGAGAAAGGGCAAUCUCUCUGUUUGUCCCAAGGUGUGGUUCCUCAUUAUGAAAAUAUCUUGCUGGUGUUGUGCUUCUGUUGCUGAGUUUAUUUAAGGCAACCGUGUAUAAAGAUCAUUGUUUUGGCCACCUCCUCUUUGGAGAGUGAGAUGACUUCAUGCAAGGCAAAACAAGGCUGCAGAGAGACGCUGGCAUUUCCUCCAUCAGACAGGUUUAUGAGAGGCUGCAAAAACAUUCUGCUGCACAUUAUGACCCAACCCUACAACAGGACUUCACCAGUGACACCUUAAAAUCACGGCACCAGCAAAAAACCAACAGCCAGCAUCAUCUUGACUGGUCAAAGAGUUCUGAGUCAGGACCAGCUUCUCAAGCCUGCUUCAUUGCCCCAGAUUCAAACCGUGAAAGUGCAAGCUCCGCCAAGAUCCCUGUCUCUGAACCAGCAGUCUCUUUCAACAAGUCCCAGUCUAAAAAAUCAAAUGCAAGCAACACAUGGGGUCAGCUGUCAAGUAGUAAUAACAAAGAUCUUGCUUCAUGUAGUGCAGCCCCAGGGUCAAACUCUCAUGGUGUAACUUCUCAGCCCAACAAUCUGGCUGAUUGCAAUGGCUUUUCACCCCGAGUGAGUCAAGAGGGAGGCGUACAAAUGGAAGUCCUUGAUCAACCCACUGGCAACACCAAGAAGUCCAACAAAAAAGAUAUCAUCAACCAAGCCCUCCAAAACACUGAAGUAGAUUGGGUGAAAAAUGCUCAAAAGUCAUUUGAGUCCAAAAGCCAUGAGAGCGUAGAAGGGAAAAAGGAAUCCAGCACAGCCAAGCCAUCACCCCCCAGGCACAGCCCAAACUCAGCUAACAAUUCUGAAAAGGAUACAAGUCAUGUACGUAUCACGAUCCCAAUCAAGACUGCAGCAGCGGAACCACCUGGUCACAAAAGGAAGAAACGGCAAUUGGGGAAAACUGCUGUGGACAAGAACAUCUCGGAGAAAAACUCACCUUCUGGACACCUUGUAAACCAUGACGUAACCUGUAGAACUAACACCCAAGCUGAGGUGUGCAGGAAAGAUAUGCGGGUCACCAAGCAAGGGAAAACUACUGAGAGUGAGUCUCCAUUGGUGCGAAUGGACAACAGUGACAGAACCAAUAAACCACCCACAAGCAACACCACCAGACUCAGAAAAUCUGCGGUUGUGACAUCUGCUUCCCUGACAAAUAAUAUGCUCACGUCCAGCAAGCAACCAGAGAUUCAACACCCAAAGUUUGCAGCCAAACGGAGGUGGACUUGUAGCAAGCCUAAAACUAUGCUCCGGGAACCUUCUCUGGUCCCCUCUGAGAAACUGAUGGUGGAACCUCCCUCUGCUUAUCCCAUCACACCAUCGAGUCCUCUGUAUACCAAUACUGAUAGUCUGACUGUGAUUACUCCCAUCAAGAAGAAGAGGGGGCGACCAAAGAAACAGCCUUUGCUCACUGUUGAAACUAUUCAUGAGGGAACGUCCACCAGUCCAGUUAGUCCUAUCAGCCGGGAAUUUCCUGGCACAAAGAAAAGGAAAAGGCGACGGAACUUGGUAAAGUUGGCUCAGAUGGCUCCGGUAGAGGAUAAUUCCAUCAGCGAGCUAAAAUUCCAGAAAAAGGUGGGUAAACUUGGUGUGUUGGAUAAGAAAACCAUCAAAACCAUCAACAAAAUGAAGACUCUCAAGAGAAAGAACCUUUUGAGCCAGAUCUUAUCCUGCUCUAGUAGCAUAGCUUUGAAAACGAAAACCCAGCCACCAGCCAGUACAGGGACACCAACCAUUGAUGCCAGGCUAGGGAAGCAAAUAAAUGUAAGCAAGAGGGGGACUAUCUACAUUGGCAAGAAAAGGGGACGGAAGCCAAGAUCUGAGUUGCACCCCUCAUUGGAAGAACCGAAGACAGCCAUCAAACAUUUGAGGCCUGUAUCCAGCCAGCCAGAAAAUCCAGCAGUGCCUUCCACCUUGCAGUCACUUGUGGCAUCAUCACCAGCAACUAUUCAUCCACUUUCAGCUCAGCUAGUGGGGUCUAAUGGCAACCUUAGCCCUGCCAGCACUGAAAUCAAUUUUUCAGAGUUAAAGACUAUGCCAAACCUACAGCCCGUCAGUGCUCUUCCUACAAAAACCCAGAAAGGGAUACAUGGUGGGACCUGGAAGUUGUCCCCACCCAGGCUGAUGGCGAACUCUCCUUCUCAUCUUUGCGAUAUUGGUUCCUUGAAAGAAGUUACACUGUCUCCAGUGAGCGAAUCCCAUAGUGAGGAAACCAUACCCAGUGACAGUGGGAUCGGAACCGACAACAACAGUACUUCUGACCAAGCAGAGAAGACUUCAGAAUCACGAAGGAGAUACUCCUUUGAUUUUUGCAGCCUGGACAAUCCAGAGGCCAUUCAAUCUGACACCAGCACGAAGAACAGGCAUAGUCACCGGCAGAAGCAUCUAAUUGUCGAUAACUUUCUCUCUCAUGAGACCAUGAAAAAACCAAAGCACAAGAGGAAGCGGAAAAACCUGCAAAAUAGAGAUGACCUCCAGUUCCUGGCAGACCUGGAAGAGCUCAUCAGCAAGUUCCAAGUGUUCAGGAUUUCUCACAGGAGCUACACGUUCUACCAUGAAAAUCCUUAUCCCAGCAUUUUUAGGAUAAACUUUGAUCAUUAUUACCCUGUGCCAUAUAUCCAGUAUGACCCAUUGCUGUAUCUUCGCAGGACCUCUGACAUGAAGUCUAAGAAGAAGCGUGGUAGACCUGCCAAAACCAAUGACACCAUGACAAAGGUGCCUUUCUUACAAGGGUUUGGUUACCCUAUUCCCAGUGGGAGUUACUAUGCACCCUAUGGAAUGCCUUACACGUCAAUGCCUAUGAUGAAUCUUGGUUACUACAGUCAGUACCCAGCUCCUUUGUACUUGUCCCACACGCUUGGAGCAGCAUCCCCUUUUAUGAGGCCUACUGUGCCCCCUCCCCAGUUUCAUGCAAGCUCUCACAUGAAGAUGCCCAAUACUGCCAAGCAUAAAGUUAAGCAUGGUGUUCAUCUGCAGGCACCUGUAGGGAUGGGUCUUGGGGAGGUGCAUUCCUCACUGACUUCCCCAAAGGUUGCAGGGACAAGCAUACCCAGUGGACGACUUCACAAAAGGAAACACAAACAUAAGCACAAACACAAAGAUGAGAGGAUAUUGGGGGCUCAUGAUGACCUGAGCAGUCUCUUUGCUAGCAAAUCCACCACCAGCUUCUCCAGCCAUUCAGUAAGCGAAAGAUUAAACGUCUCGGACAAAGACCUCUCCUUGCUGACUGAGAAGAGCAAGUAUAAAGAGAAGCAGAAACACCAGCAUUGUGAAACUGGGCACAAAGGUUCCAAGAGCAGCUUUGAAGUGGAUACCUUGUCUACACUUUCACUCUCUGACACCCAGCAGUGGGUGCAGAGCAAGGAUAAAAGUGACUCGAGCAACGAUCUUGCUGACUCCUGCUUGAAAAGGUACUCUGGGAAUAUUGAAAGCAGUGCAAGGUCGGAGUCCUUGGAUGUGUUUGGCGAGAUGAAUUCCUUGAGUGACAAGCGGGACAAUGACGGGAGUGGAAGCAAACGGAGGGGCUUCGAAGGCUUUGGGACAUACAGGGAGAAGGACCUGCAAACCUUCAGAGCAAGUCGGAAGGACAGGAGUUCCUAUGAUUCCUCUGCUGCAACAGGAAACACCAGUUCUCACCUAAAAGCAGACCAGAAUUCACAUCACAAUAAAAACGAGGGUUCUGCUUCGGCUGUGAUGACCCGUCGGAAACCAGCAUCUCUUGACGGCAUUGCAAUGUCCUCGGCCCCCAUGCUCUCUCUCUUACCUUCAUCAGCCACAGCACCAUCAGAAGCAGCCAGCUCACCACUCAAGAAACGAUUCAAGCGCUGUGAGAUCGAAGCGAUCCAGUGCGAGGUGCGGAAGAUGUGUAACUACACCAAGAUUCUCUCCACCAAGAAGAACCUGGAUCACGUCAACAAAAUCCUGAAAGCCAAGCGGCUGCAGAGACAAUCAAAGACAGGCAAUAACUUUGUCAAGAAGAGGCGAGGGCGUCCCCGGAAACAGCCCCUGUCUUUUGAGGACGACUCCAGAGACCAAAUGCCCGUUUUGGAGAAAUGUGUUGACCUGCCUUGCAAACGGGGUCAAAGAUUUGCGCUGAAUCCUUUAAUACUGGAACAAGCGGCCCAUCAGGAUACGAUUUCGGCCACCAUUGAGGCCGUCGUACAUAUGGCCCGAGUGACCCCGCUGCCUCCGCCCCCUCCACCGCCCCAAGCCCCCUCUUCACGGACAGCGAGGGUUGGGAAAAGGAAAAACAAAUUGCAACAGUGUCUGGCGGAAGAGGAGGUGGCAGUGAAGGUGAAAAGGCACCGGAAAACGCGAGGAAGUGAAAGCGAAACCUAAUAACAGACAUGGCCAAUCAGAGGACAGUGUUGGAUGGUGAGUGUCCUGGGACCAGUGGACCAGAGCUCUGGGAUGGGACCCUCCACUCAACCUCUUCGACAUUUACAGCAUCAGACUUGCUCAGUAUUUCAGUAGCACAGCAGCCAUUCAGAAACCAGACAGGAAUGAUCAGUAAUAAUAUUAUUAUUGAGGUAGGGGAUCAAGAGCAAGGCUUUCUAAACCUAGCAAGUCUGUCUUUUUUGCAGACUUUCUGUGGACAACAGCAACAAUGCCCAAAGUUGUGUUUCUUGUGUAUCAGAAAGGAAGGGGGGUUUGCCCAGAGUCACCAGAACUUCACACUUGGUAGGACUAAUAUUAUCCGUACCAGGAUUGUCAUUGCCGUCCGAACAGAGGCUUCUGCAGCUUUUUAAUAGAUGCAUGGCAGAAAGAAAUGUAUCACCAGCAGCUUUUCAGUCACUGCUGUUCACCUGAAAGGAAAAAAAUGCACUUAUUUAGAGUUCUCUUUGUCAUUCAGCUGUUUAAGUAGCAAGAGCCCCUGUAAGGAGCAAAAUUGGCAACCCUUGGAAGUGGAAAUAACUUCUGCUCUCUUUUUUAAAAAAGUGUAAAAAUUCCUCGACUUGGUUUUAAUCUGCUUUGCAAAAUAUUGUUCAUUUGUCUUACCAGGUUUGCAGGGGGUUUUUUAAGAAUCUCUGGGCAGGCUUGGGACAGCUAUCUUGGGAAUCUUAUGGUUUUUUCCUUCCCCAUUCCUCAAAAAUGUUCCUAAUUUGAGUAAUAUAGAGAGGAUGAGUGAAACCCCCACCAAAAUCAAGGAAAUCUCUGAUUAACCUUCUGUGAUAUAAUGAAAAACUUAGCAUUUCAUGUAAGAACAGAUGCCAGCUUUUCACUAGCAAAGUGACUGGCAUGUCCCAUUGGUGAUGGAAGCAAAGGUUCACCCAGUUGGUUUGGGUAGCAGAAAAAAAAUUGGAACAUAUCAGCAAAAACCAGAAAGAUUGUCAGUGUCUUAUUAAGAAGCAAGGACUUCUAAUGGUUUCUGGGUGCAUCAAAUAUUUCCUGUUGUUUCCACAUCAGUUGGGAAACUUGGGGACAAACAUUUUCUGUAUGUUUGCGUCCAAGCGUUAUAGUAAUGUCUUCACUUGGUUUUUCUAAGCAAAUCUAUACAUAUACACAAAACCACAGAAACAGCGAAAGUGCUUCAAAAAUGUUCCACCCGGAAAUUAAGAGCAGAGGAAAAAAUAUUUCUUGACAGGCAUUUUGUGAAUUCAAAUAUAAAAGGAUUAAGUGUUCUUAUCUGAAAAUAUAUAUAUUGAAGAUGAUUGAAAUGUUCAAAGGGUAUUACCACUGCCGUUGUACUAAUACCACUUUGGACACUCUUCCCCAACCCCCAAAUUGUGGUUGCCUUAAUGAAAAAAUACUUUGGCUUUUCCCCCUUUUUGUACAUAUUGUAAUUAUAACGAAAUAAUUGGGGAAAACCGUCUGCAUGCACACAAACAGUGUCAUAAAUUGUCAGUUUCUCUCUAAAUUGUCAGUUUCACUUGUCCAGUUCAAACUCAAAGUGUUCUUUUAUUGACCAGUAUUUUUUAAAACUUGGAUCUAUAUCCGAAGCAAUUUUGCAUUGCAAAAUUAAUAAUCAUUAUUAUGUUGUUUGAGGUCAAACGAUUCAGACUUUAACACAAGUCCUGUUUAAUUACAGUAAUUCUACUUUACUUGGUAUUUUAAAACAGAAAGACCAUCUUUUUUAAAAAGACAAUUUAAGAUUCAGAGAUGAGCAGUUUCUUUCUUUUCCCUGUAAAUCUCAUCAGGGUAGGGUUGCAUAGUGGUUGAAUAGUUUCUGCUCUUGAGACAUGAUGGUUCAGUAAUACAGAAAGGAAAUAUUUAAAAGAAUAGAUAUUUUGGAUCAUGCUUCAUGCAUCUGACAUAAUGGGUUACCAAGCACAAACAUUCAUGUGUGUGUUUGUAGGAUACGACAAGAUUAUAACACAGUUGCCUUCUUUAGAAAUCAAAAUAAUUUUUAGGAUUUAACUAUCUUGGGUUGCACUUCUAAGCUUCCAUCCAUUUUUAUCUACUUAAGACCAAUCUCGAACAUCAGUUUUGUUGUGUAGCAGUCUUAUUCACUGGGCAGAUUUCCCAGGGCAGUUGUUCACAUGGCCAGGGAGUACAUUCACUCAUGCAUUUCACCUCCUCCAUCUCAUCACAACUGCCAUUCUUACUACCCAUUGAAUUCCAUCUAUAACUGUUGCAGGUGCCUCUGCUGACUUGAGAACAGAGCACCCAUGUGACCAGCACAAUGGAGGGAAUGCUCUCUCCUCCUGGUCGUGCGGACACCUCAUUCUAACACCAGAAAAGACACCCAUAUGACCAGGAACAGGAGCAGGUUGGAACCCUUUGUCAUGCUGGUCAUUCAGGUGCCCUGCUCUUUAUCUCAAUAGAGUUCCCUGCAGUGACCAGGAAAGAAGAAUGGCACCUGUGUUGAGACUGGAGAGCAGAUUUGGCAAAAUCAGACCUAAUCCAUCUGUCCACACUGCCCUGAACUUGUAAAAUACUUCAGAGUUUUUGGCAAACUCUAUAGAUUAUCUCCUCCUUUGUCCCAGCAGAGCAGAAUUGGUUUUACGAGGGCUAUCCACAAAGUAGAUUACAUUUUGGAUUUUAAAAAGGACAAAGUAUAUGAUAAAUCAUUCUCCCACUUGUGUCCUCAGCUCUUCCCCCCUUCUCCCUUCCUGCAGCGUCACCAAAAAGCUGCGUUGCCAGCCACGCCCCCAUUUUUGGAAACAGAGGAGAGAGGCGACUGAAUUUCCUGGGGCAGAACUUUCCAAACUCAUUUAUCUAUCUGAGACGUGCCUAGAUUUCAAUGUGGAUUACGUGAGAUGUAGUAUUGGGAUAUGGCUUUCAGCUGCAUAUGUUAAAUGAUUUCUCCUAUACUUUGUCCUUUUUAAAAUCCAAAACGUAAUCUACUUUGUGGAUAGCCCUCGUAACUACCCCUCCCCUUUCCAAUGGGAUGUUCACUUAAAGUAGCUGUGUGCCAUGAAUUCAUAUAACCUUCUAUUUAAGGUGUGACCAAGGGUUGUUGUUUCUUGCUAGACAAGCUCCUAACCUCAUAUUGCACUAACAUGCAAUGUGAUAUAAAAAAUACGAAAACUGCACCACAUGACUCAAGAAUCAGCUUACUGCUUCCAUCCGCCAUUGGUUUUUGGAAAGUCUAAUCUACCAUUCAGUAGUGAACAUGGUUACGAUUUCCAGUUGUUUUGGCAUGCUGUAACAUCCAUUCCCUACACAGUUCCCAUUUGGCCAUGAUCCUUAUCAGUCCUGAGUAAGAGUGUGCCUGAACAACAAAAAGUAUUUUAGCAAAAUUUUGGAUUCCCCCCCCAAAAAAAAAAAGAAAAAGAAAAGAUGUAUAUGCUUUGAAGAAGAAUUGCCUGGUGUAAUGUGGGAAUAGGAGAAAAGAUGUGGGAGAUGCCAAGGUCUGCAGCAGCUCACUGAUGCUUGUAGACAACUCAGAUAUUCCUCACUCAGCUGAUACUUUUUUCCUAAUGGCUUGCAUGCAUCAGUUGUAACCCUCCAAACCAAAUGUAGCUUGUUAACCGUUUACAGAAAGCUCAGUAGGACCUGGCAGAAAGCGAAAAUGCCAGCUUCAUCUGUUCUCUGCUGCAAAAGGCCUCUGUGCCAUCCGUAGCCAGUGGCGAUUCUUUGCCUUGAUGGCUCACAGAUUGAGGGAUAACUCUUUUAUAGCAAGAUUGGUGCUGAGCCAUUGAACAUCUGUCAACUCAAAUGAUUCUUUGAUCCUCACAUUACAAGGCACUUGCUUUUUUCAAUGCAAAUAUAAAUCCUCAUAAAGGAAAAAUGUUAGCAGCUCUGAGUGUUUUGACAUCAGAAAGCACUUGAGAUACAGGGAAUGUGUUCUCAUUAAUCUGAUCACUGCAGAUUUCGCUUUCAGUCCCAAUUUCUUAUGACUGAUCUACCUUUGACACCUUUAAAAGCAUAGGCACACAAACAACACACACAUUCGAACAGCUGAGGUGCCCAUUUGACAACCCUGUUUCUGUGGACUUAUUCUUAGUUUACAUUUCUAUGCUCAUUUUAAGUACCUGCAGGUUAUUAUUUUUAAAUGAGAGAUUUUAACAUAUUUUUAAGUUCCAUUUCUUUAAGCAUUUUAAUUCAUAUUCAUUGUUUGCAUUCAUCCACACACUGAAAUGCUGAAAUGCAUGUUCAAAUAUAGUCAACCCUUGACAUUUCCUGAGGCAUAGGACCUCAUGAAAGGUGCAAAGGACCCCAUGAAAGCAAAUGAAGCAUGUAUUAUUUCUCAUUAGUAUUUCAGGUAGUAUUUUUCAUUCAUCGUUCAUUCUCUCUCUCUCUCUCUCUCUCUCUCUCUCUCUCUCUCUCUCUCUCUGCACCUUCAAGCCACCUGUCAACUUAAGGGCAACCACAUGAAUUUCAUAGUGUUUUUUAAUGCAAGGACUAUUCAGAUAUAGUUUUGCCAGUUCCUUCUGAAAUAUAAAUUAUAGCAUCUAGUAUUUGUUAAUAGUCUCCCAUCCAGGUACUAGCCAGAACUCACCUUGCUUUGCUUCCAAGGCCUGCCCAAGGUCACCCACAGGGAUUUCAUGGCUAAGCAGGGAUUUGAACUAUAUAUUCCAGAAUUGUAGUCCAAUGCUUAAACCACUCCACCACACUGACUCCAAGCAUUUCAGCAGGAAGCCUUAAAAAAGAACCCUACCCCUCCAUCUGUCUAGAUUUGAUUGUAGAAACAUUGAAAUAUCCAAAAACAAAGGUGUCGGAGGAUCAUGGAAAUUCAUGCUUGCACAUGUACACAGAGAUAAGGUGAUAUAGCAGGUUGGAAAUUUCUAGCCAUAUUAGUCCAAUUUAAUACUCCAGGGCUCAUCCCACCAACUCAAAAUUGAAGGUAUGAAUGGACACUCUAGAUAGGGCAUAUCCAUUCAAAAUCAAAAGUGUGAAUGGAGGUUUCCAGGUCUGUUUACCUCUCCUUGGCUGAUUCUGAGCAAGUCCCUAGACCACACUACUCUUUCAGUGAAAUACUAAGUACUAUAUGGUCCACCUGUGUUAUAUUGUCAUGGAAUCAAAGAGUUGGAAGUAUUUAGAGGGGUAAUCCAGUCUAUCCUCAUUCUGUCAUAGGAAAACACAAUCCAAACACUCCCGACAGAUGGCCAUUCAGUCUCGGUUUAAAAACCUCCAAAGGAGACUACACCACGCUCUGAGGCAUUCUCCAAUGCGGAAUUGUUCAUUUUGAGGAAAGAAGGAAAGGGCCAGAAGAACCCAUUAAAAUCAGACUCAAUGCAUGUGCAUACAAGCUGAAAUGUCAACAUACUGAAACAUGAGUACCAAUAAUGCAACUGAUUAUGAAAGUAAUAUGUGUAGGUUCAUUUGAGAUAUAUAUAUAUAUCUCCCUCCACCAACUCCCCAAAGGAAUUUGGGGUGGCCAACAAAAUAUAGCAAAAUGCAUAAACACAUAAAUCUGAAACGAUAAAAACCACAGAAUUACAACCACACACACACAUAAUUACAAUGUAAAACAUUAAAAUUCAUAAAAUACAUAUUCAUAGCUGUGGAUAAAAACAAGUUGUUUCAAACAAGUUGUUGCUAUGCUUCCUAUUUGGUCCAUCAGUGGUGAAUAUCACAGUAAAGAUGCUGUGAAGUUGAACCUCCGUCCUCUCUUGAAUAUUUUUCCCUUUAAAAAGUUGGGGUGAAGUCAAACAUAUACUUUUAAAUUCUGUGCAAUCUGGUCAGCACAUGUUCUUCUUUCUGUUUUUCGGUGGGAACUGGAACAAGGUCUAUUUCUAAUUACAUUUUCUGUUUAGACACACGGCCAUUUAGCUACUAAGGUGCAACAAUUCCUGAUUUACACCUCAAUUCUAAACAUUUGCAGGAGCAUAUCUUGCUGGCAACAUUGGCCUAACGUUAUUGUUUGGAAAUUUAAUGACACUAUUGGAUUUGCUCCAUCCAAACCAUUAAAUUGCUAGCACAGCAAAAGAAAAAAGUCUUAGGACUGGGUUGUUAAUCAGAAGCACAUUUCAACCAAGGAAAUUUAUUGGAGAUCUUCAUAAAAUGCCUGCCUACGAAGUAAUAAAACAAGCAAUCAUUUACAAGCUUGUUUCCCCCUCCCCUUCAGUUAGAGAAAAAGAAAUUGAAAUAAAGGAAAGGAGAUGCCAAUUUUGUCAACAUGGGAAGGAAAAAAGAAAUGGUACAUGCCCAUGUCAAUUGGUUUAUUUUUGUUAAUGCUGUUUCUUAAAUGAUGAUGAUGAUGGUGAUGAUACUAAAUGCACACAAAGUGUUAAAUAUGUAUAUACUGUAUUUCAAAAAUAUAAAAAAAAAUCCUACAAAAAUGAACGGGGCACAAGAUUGUUCUAUAAGUCGUGCUGGCUACUUUUUAGUUUGUAUUCAUAAGUGGUUUUUAAAUGCCUUUUUUAACGUGUAAUUUGCAUGUUCUCCUUUGAUUGUAUGUAAACAUAUUUUAGAGCAAAAAUGUAUUUGUAUUUUAUUGAAUAUAGAGGCAAGACAAAAACUUGUACAUUUGUUUGAAAUGUUCUUUUUGUAACGGUUUUUAUUCAUGAGGCAUUUUUGUACAUUUAAAAAAUGGAUACAGACUUGCUGUUAUUUGAGGGUUAGGUACAUCUGGCAUGCUAAAAUGUCAUGCUUUUUCAUGAUUUUAAAUGUUGGUUUUUAAACUUUUUUUUCUAAAAGGAAGCUCCUUUCGCUACCAAAUCAGGUUAGCACAGUAUAGAGCACUUAACUAUUAAAAAAAUACAAGAAAAAAGGAAAAAAAGUUAAUCCUAUUCAUAUGUUAUUCAUUGUGUGAAAUUAAAGGAAUUCAAAUCAGUCUA